UGUUAUCUAUCGAAUUAACCUGCAUCCCUGCUUUUCGCUGCACGUAUUGAAAACCCCUGUUACAAUUACAUAGUACGGGGGCUGAAAUGGGGUUGUGAGCUUUGCUAUUGGUGGGCUACGGUUACUUUUGUACGAACCAGCCCUGUGAGAGCACAGCUCACAGGUAUGGGUGUUAGAACGGCUCGGCCAACCUGCUCUCAAUCCAGAGACAAAGCCCGCUAUGCAGCCCAGCCGUGAUAUUGAAUGUCACCUUAUUAGCAGCAUUUUUCGAGCAGAAGUCUCGUUGCAGAGGCUUCAUUGGUUAGGACGUUGGAGUUAGGACUUAGGUAACCAGCCCUCAGCUAGAGUUGAGCUUCUAUGUAGCGGCCGUAGCAAGUAGAUCCCGGGUACUGAUCGAGCGAUCGCCAGCUUGUGCUGACGCCUUUGGAAGUCGAUGGCAAUAUGAAUUCUUUUAAGAAAUCCCGCCACGUUAUAUAUCGUUAUAUAGGUAGGUAAGGUAUUGACGUCGGUGUCAGCUCCUCCAAAUAAGUAGUAGCUGGGUCUGUCUUGAUUCCUUUGCUCCGCUCUCCCCGCCUUUGCCGGCAUGCGACAAUUCGCGUCUUGCUUCCAUCGCAGAGAGGUAUCUUUCCUUAAUGGCCCAACAGCCACCAAACGAGCUCACGGGCCGUUCCCAGGUCCCCCAGAUUCUUGCUGGGAUCAUUAUCCCGUUGGUCUUUGCGAGCCUCGUAGUCAUCGGUCGUCUUUAUUCAAGAUUCCUACUCAAGAACCAGUGGUGGGAUGAUGCGGCAAUAUUCUUCGCUUGGCUGUUCGCCAUCGCGGUGGUCGCAAUCGUCGGCGUCGAAACCGAAUAUGGCCUCGGUCACAUGUUUAGCAACAUUCCUCUGCGUUUGCGAUCCGUCGGCAUCCGACUUUCGUACGCGACGAUAAGCUGUUACCAGGUGUCACUGGUCCUUACCAAGAUCAGCAUUCUGCUAUUUUACCUGCGAAUAUUGAAGCUGCCGUACCAGCGAACCUUCAUAUUUAUCACCAUGGGUUGCGUCGCGGUUUACGGCCUCGUUUUCUUCCUUCUCACGUUCUUCAUAUGCAACCCCGUGGAGGGCGGGUACGAAUUCGAUAUCAGAGUGGGACAUUGCUUGGCUUACUACCCGAUCCUGACGGCGUCGGCUGCUUUACAUACGACAACCGAUUUAUGGAUGAUUGGAAUGGUGCUUCCCCAUAUACUCAAGAUGACGCUUCCGUUGCGACAGAAGAUCGCUCUCGCAUUCGUCUUGACUUUGGGCAUCUUCGUGGCUUGCGCGUCCCUAACACGGAUGGCCGUAGCAUGGCAAUUCCUCAACCCCAAGUAUGCCCAGUGGGACUCGUUUUCGUUCGCGAUAUGGACCACGUUAGAGUCGAGCUUGGGUCUGGUCUGCGCCUCGGUGCCGAUGCUGAAGCCCCUGGUCAGACAGCUGAUGGGCCUUAAGCCCUCUUCGAAACCUGAUGUUAUGAAGAAUGUUCCUCGAACUAGGGGACCGGAGAGGCAAGGAAAUCCGAUAAACGAGUACAUAUCAGACGCGACGACGUUAUGCACGAGAGGCGGAAGAGGAGAUGCCGAUAUCGAUGGGAUUGGCCUAAGGCCAAUAAAAACUAACCAAACGGCCAAAGCCCCAACAGUAGGAGCGAUUUCAGAAGAAAGGCUCGUAACUGUAUGAUGUUUGAUGUUUUAUAAGGGUUAAGUCUGGAAAAGCCACCACAAACCGUAGGAAACGAAAUAUAAUAAGCGACGAGUUUAUGAUAUGUGCUAGUUAUUUAAAAUUGGCAAAUCAAUCACGAGAAGUUUCCUUUUAUAAGACGUCCUUAGAUGUAGUCAGCUGUAUGACGUUGCGCUUGCAGGUGUCCUUGAAGCGG